CGUCAGUCCUGUUGCCGAUGCCGACGCUUCUCAAAGCGCUCGGAGCGCUUUCAGAGGAUCACCUUUUUCGGACCCUAGCCACCCUAACCUUCGUUGGCGUCCUCUUGUCAGUGACUUCAUUUCGGUCCAAGGAUACUUAUGGGCAACAAGCCAUAGAACUUGGCUUCCUAUCUAUCCCCAGCUCACAUCUCCUUUACUUGGAUAAACCUAAAGGCAGAGGACAGUUUUAUCAAACGACCGAAAUUCCAUUCAAAGUUAUGUCAAUAUCCUCCUCGGCCUCCUCACCUUCAUCGAGUGCAGUUACGAUUCAGAUACCGGGGAAAUCGAUUUUAAAAAAGCCUCCCCCCCCUCAAACUUCAUUGUUCUCCCGCAUAACAAGAUUUCUACCCCAAUCACAGCCAGGAGGUUCUACAUUUGGGAUCAGAUCAGGAUCAAUAUCCGUGGCUAGUGGGUCUGGAGGUUCUGGUAAUGGUGAUCACGAAGCGGUUGUUGACGAUAGAGGACCAUUGAAGAGAGCUCAUUUCAUCCUUCCCCAAAUUGCCACCGUAUACCCAAUCUCGAGCCUAAACCCGCCGUCUACCCCGAAUCUGAAGGAAGAGAAGAAAGCUAUUGAGGAACGAGAGGCUGAAAGGAGAAGAAGAGUUGUGCGGGGGAAUAACACGAGCUUUGGUUCUGAGAUAGACGAGGACGAUGAAUGGUGGUCUAUGGACAAAGUCGACAGCUUUUACAGGGAAUGUUGUGCUGACUGCGAUGAGCCACCAGAUCCAGCUAUCAGCGCUGCUUUCAAUAACGCCGCCAAUGCGAACCCCCGAACCGUCGAUUUCUCUGGGGUACAGCUCACACAUACCUCGGCUUCUAUCCUUGCAGACGUUUUCACGAUUGAAUGGGGCUUACGGAAGCUUGUAUUUAGAGAGUGUGACUUGGAUGAAUACACCCUUAAACCCAUCCUUCAUUCCCUUCUCAUCCCGAAUUCACUGACAUUUCUCUCCGUUGCUUCUAAUCGACGCCUCAAAGCCCCCGCGUUUCGGCUCAUGGGUGUAUUUCUCGCAAAGACGACAUCUCUUCAAUUUCUUGAUCUCUCUAGUAUACCGCUAGACAAGAAAUCGAUGGAAUACAUCGUUGUUUCACUCGCUCAACCUCCCGCCCCAGGUCUAGCUUCUCUUCGGUUAGAUGAUUGUUUUCUGAAACCAGGUGCAUUGGAUGUACUUGCCAAGGCAGUGCGCACUUCAUCCCUUCGCAAUAUUUCCCUCCGACACAAUAAGAUCAACGCCACCGGCGCGAUUGCACUUAGUGUUAUGAUCAGAGAUUAUCCUGACUCUAUUCCUGCCACAGGCCCACCCUCACCUUUUCCGGCUUCCCAAACCAAUACGAGCGCGCCUCUCUUGUUGUCUCCGACAUCUAGCUCAUUCGCUCCUGGUAGUACUCUUGGUUCUGCAACAGCUACACCCAGUUCGAGUUUAACCCCUUCUCCUGCAUCAAGCGUAACGAGCCUCCCAUUAAUACCAUCGUUGUCCAGUCAUAUCGGUCCUCCAGCACACACACCUUCCUCUCCGCAAGCACCGCCUUUCUCUGGUCCAAUCUUACCUCCGCCUACUCAUCCUAGUUUGCAACCCAUGCAAACAACAUACACGCCGUAUGUUCCUCGAUCUCGACGAGGGAAACCAGCAGCUUCCUCUGCAAGGGCCGGAUCACCAACAGUCGGAAAUGUACCUAUCAUCACUACAUCGAUUCGUGGAGGCGUGACUGCCGUGACUGCAAAUGGUGUGAGUGCUGGAGUGGAAAAAAUGGUCGAUGCUGCCGGGGGCGAAGGACGUUCUGCUUCUCAAAGGGCCAACGCUUACCGUCAUGGCCCGAGUGCUGCGUUGCUAGACAAAGUCCGAGCAUUGGAUUCCCUGCCCAGGUUAGGGUCUCUGAGGACACUCGACUUAAAGGGGAAUGAUCUGAGGUCAGGAACUUCGUAUCUUGCUCAAGUCCUAAAGCGGAAUCGAACGCUCAAGGUUCUGAAUCUAUCAGAGAACAAAUUAGACGUGGCGUGCUUAGUGGCUAUCGCCGAUGCGUUGAAAUAUAAUACGUGUCUAGAAACAUUGGAUCUCAGUCGAAAUCCCUGCUGCGGCUCUGGGUCCUCCAGUGGUUCUGGCAGUCUAACCAGAGACCGUGACCGGAAUUACCAUCGCGAUUCUUCUAAGCUCCGGUCAGAUAAAUCUCCCUCAGACCUAGAGGGCUUACAAUCACUCAGAACAUCCUUAACUCUCACCACUUCUCUGAAGAGACUAUUCUUGGGCUCCACCAACUUGAGUACCCAAGGAGCCAUUGCACUUGCGGAGUUUCUGCCAGAGUGCAGAAGCUUGCUUCAUUUGGACUUGACGGGAAACCAAGAUUUAGGUGUCGCCGGGGUCAUGGCACUUAAUGAGGGCUUGAAGACGAAUAGAGUCAUGCGUUGCCUGGAUCUGGAAGUGCCUCCCGGGGCCGAGGAAUACACAAGACUAUGCAGAGAGAUUUUAAACACUUGUAUACGGAAUACAGAAGAGGCUGAAAAAGCUUCGCAGCAAGAGCAAAUGACGGAUCGAUCUGGAGGGAAAACCAAAGCCGCGUUGUGGGGAAUGAUCGAGGAAAGCGAGCUCGCAAAAACAGUUCGGUUAGCAGGAGACGAAGUCGGGAUGGUCGACACCGAUGUUGUUCUCCGAGCUCGCGGAUGUAUACGACAACUUGAAAGCUAUCUCAAGGACCCCUCACAACCACCGUAUUCCCCCUUACCUACAAUCCCAUCCUCACCGCGAUCAUACCAGGCUUCUUCUGGAUUCUUCUCUCCUGUUUUCCCCUCCGCUCCUUAUUCCCUGCUCACAAGCUUUGAAACACAACUCCGUGAUGAGCAAACAAUAAUAACACCUGAAGCGUUGAUAUUCAAAUCUCAAAAUGUCGUCAAUGAACUGGUAUCAGUGAUAGCUCAAGUUAUGAAUGGGGAGAAUGUAGCUGAUCCCGAGAGACUUGAGCAACUUCUCAAUGUCAACGACGAACUCACCGGAUUAGUGACAGCAGCCGAUAAUACUCUGCAUGGUCAGUCGACCCCUCGAGGGGAGGUGACGGGCUCUGGAAUGGGAACAGACUCCAAAAAUAAAAUCGGACGUCCCUCUCUCACGCUCGAAGGCCUCGGGUAUUCUUCUCCUGGCAAGGAAGAAUCGGAAUACGAGUCAAAGCAAUCUGUCGUGAACGGAGGUGAGAACUUGCCGUCAUCUGGGACAGAUCAAGCAGACCUCCGGUCACCAGCAACACCCAAGAUAGACAAGGGAAAGCAGAAGGCGCCUCCUGAACCAAUUGAGCACGAGAGGGUUCUCAGUCCUACAACUUCGUUUUUGAUAUCUGACACAGGUUCUGAUGACGAGGAGGAGAAUAUCAUCUUGGAUUCAAGUUUUCCGCCUUUUAGGAUCCUCGACGAAGGUUUUACUCCUGAGGAGGAUCAAAUCAUUUCGCCUUCGUCUACCCAUCGGUCUAGGAGUUGGGUGGAGGAGGAGGGCGAGGUGUUUAGGAAAGGCAACGUCCUAUUAGGGCCUGAAGAAAUGGAAGGAGAAUAUGACGGGGAAGAACUUCGACGAGAGUUGCUCGAAGCGAUGGUGGAACGUCCAGCACCCCGUAACCUCACCGCCGAUGAGUUUGGACUGGAGAUGACUCAGGAAUUUGUGCAAGACACUGUAGAUGAUAUUCCGGAGACUCCCAAGCUAGCACCGCGUCCUUACGUCUCUCGAUCUCGAUCUUCCUCGUCCUCAAUCAUGAGCUUGGUCUCUCCGACUGUCGAGAGGGCAGCAACCUUGCCGUUACCCGCAUCUCCGCGAGUAGACUCUCCUGUUCCGGCGACACUAAAAAGUCCUACACCAUUAUCCUCGCUACCCAGUACACCGACCAGCGAGACCAACAGCCCAUUUCGACUCGCUGCGGACAAGACCAUUAAUACGGGUCUGAACGCAAAGUAA